UAUCCCACAACACCACCACCACCACCACCCCCAACCUCCAGCGCUGCCUGUCAUUCUCGCGAGGAGCUCGCUCCUUUUGCCAUUACGCGAGUCGCGGGCUGCCGCUCAAUAAUAGCGCCGGAUUCGCAGGUGGCCGUGCAGGCAGCAGCACCCCCCUUCCCUUCACACGCGAGGCAGCAAACGCCCGUACGGGUCUCACGGACUGGACGGAGGGGGAGAGAGUGACCCGGCAAGCGAACCGGCCCGUCCGCAGGAGCCUUUAGCCGGCGGGACUGCCCAAGCCACCGUGUGAGUUUCGUGAGCCCAGCGAGACGGGGAGAGAAAGAGAGGAGAGAGGAGGGGGGGAGGAGAGCAUCGAUAUCUGCAGUGAGGUUUUUAAGCAGCCGGUUUCUCUGCCAGCAGAACUCAGUGGAGACACAGUGGUAAGAGAGGGUGGAGGAGAGAGAGAGGGAAGGGGAUAGCGGUAACAACUGGCCUCUAUGCAGUAUGAAUUAAACGGCUGCGAGUUUGAACAACGGCAGCUGACUCGACUCUGACAACGCCUUCAAUCCACUGCAGCCGGGAGUGGAGUUUGGAAGAAAAAUAAAUCAAACGUCAAGAUAGAGCAGAAAACAAGCAACCGAACGUGUUCUUCUCUGUGUUUCUUCAUUGAACCCGACGUUGAGUUGUGUAAAAACUUCUGAAAGUCAAGAACUUGCACAUUCUUCCACGUGGGAUGCAUGGAAUCGGCAUCAUCGGCAACCCUGUAGCCAAUGCAGAUCACUCCAUUUCCGCGUGCUCCAGAUCAGCUGCUGGUGAGCUGCUGCCUGUGAGUUCCACUUUGCCCGGGCUUCUGUCAGCCCAUGGCAGGAUGAAUUGCUGGCCUUUGAGCAGCAUGUCAGCCAAGGACCGCGGCUCCCUGCCGUCGUGCGGACCCUACAUCAAGACAGAGCCGUGCAGCCCGUCGCCGUUGGGCGAUUCGCUGGCGCAGCAGCACAGCCCCAGUGGCUCGUCGGACACGAGCGGCAGCUACGGCGUCGGCAUGAGCUCGUCGGCGCUGCACGGCCGCCCUUACCGCCACCACCACUCCUCUUCCGCCGCCACGGCGGCGGCGGACUCGACGCACGCGCGGAACAACGGCCUCGACUCGCCCUUCUCCGCCGCGGCCGCCGCGGCCUCAUCCGCGGUUUCUUCGUCCGCCGCCUCGUCCGCGGCGGCGGCGGCGGCGGCGGCCGCCGUGGCCGUGGUGGGGCCGGGAGGCCCCAACGGGCGCAAGCGCUACGACGACUCGCCGCCGGGCGCCGACGUGCAGACCAAGUGCGAGUACAUGCUCAACGCCAUGCCCAAGCGCCUGUGCCUCGUGUGCGGGGACGUGGCCUCGGGCUACCACUACGGCGUGGCGUCCUGCGAGGCCUGCAAGGCGUUCUUCAAGCGCACCAUACAGGGGAACAUCGAGUACAGCUGCCCGGCGUCCAACGAGUGCGAGAUCACGAAGCGGAGGCGCAAGGCCUGCCAGGCCUGCCGCUUCAUGAAGUGCCUCAAAGUGGGAAUGCUCCGAGAAGGUGUGCGGCUGGACAGGGUGCGUGGCGGGCGGCAGAAGUACAAGAGGAGAAUCGACGCUGAGAACAGCCCUUACCUCAACCCCCAGCUCACGCAGCCCAUCAAGAAGCCCUGCAACGGCACUCUGGUGAACAAGAUCGUGUCGCACCUGAUCGUGGCCGAGCCGGACAAGAUCUACGCCAUGCCAGACCCCACGGUGCCCGACAGCGACAUCAAGGCGCUGACCACGCUGUGCGACCUGGCCGACCGCGAGCUCGUCGUCAUCAUCGGCUGGGCCAAGCACGUGCCAGGCUUCUCGGCCCUCUCGCUGGGCGACCAGAUGUCGCUGCUGCAGAGCGCGUGGAUGGAGGUGCUGCUGCUGGGCGUGGCGUUCCGCUCGCUGCCCUACGAGGACGAGCUCGUGUACGCCGAGGACUUCGUCAUGGACGAGGAGCUGUCGCGGCUCGCCGGCCUCCUCGACCUCAACUCGGCCGUUCUGCAGCUCGUGCGCAAGUACAAGGCCCUCAAGCUGGAGAGGGAGGAGUUCGUGGCGCUCAAGGCCAUCGCGCUCGUCAACUCCGACUCCAUGCACAUCGAGGACGUGGAGGGCGUGCAGAAGCUGCAGGACGUCCUGCACGAGGCCCUGCAGGAGCUCCAGGGCAGCCAGCACGCGGAGGACCCGCGGCGCGCUGGCAAGCUGCUCAUGACGCUGCCGCUGCUGCGGCAGACGGCAACGCGCGCCGUGCAGCACUUCUACUCCGUCAAGCUGGAGGGAAAGGUGCCCAUGCACAAACUAUUCCUGGAGAUGCUGGAGGCCAAGGUGUGACCCCCACCUCCUCCCCCCCGCCGCCCCC